CAUCAAGUCAGUCAAUUAAAUUGAAUUCUCGAAGAAUUUUAAUGUAAAAAAAUGCGAUUGUUCGAAAUUCCGAUCAUCCAACCGGAUCUUCGUCACGAGGAAGCAAUUUUACAAAGUCUGAACACGCUAGACUACCUCAAUGAAGUCAUCGGGAGCGUUUUUGAUCGCAUCGACCAACGAAUCGCCAGCAAUCAAGCAAAAGUUCAAGACAUAAAUCGCAGAAUUGGCGUCGUUAAUUCCAAAAUUGAAAGUCUAAAAGACUCGAAAAAGGCUGUAAUUAUUUAUUCCACGAACAAAUAUCCGGAACAAGAGAAAGAUUUUACGCCCAUUUUCGGCGAUGAGACCGAAAAUCAAGUGCCAAAGCCAGUUUUGAAGAAAUUAUCAGCAAGCGAUGUCAAAAGUUCACCCGAAAAAGUCAAUCAUAGGAAGCCGCAGGAAAAACUUCAAUUUUAUCAUGUCAAAGAGCCGGAAAAAGCUAAGAAAAUCAACAAAAAUAUCGGGCCAAAUAGUGAUUUGCUCGACAUUAUACGGUCUGUGGACUCGUUAAUUGUCUUCAAGAAGGACGAUAAGUUGUCAAAAUCCAAAACUUCGAGUGCCAGUUCCAUGCCGAUGGAAGGAAAAAAGUUGGAAGCUGCUCCUGCAUCGAUUACGAACAAAAAUCAAAAGAAAAAUUUGGAAAGCAUUUUUUAUACUCCAUCAGCUGUGGAUAACGCUCCUCAACUGGAUCUCCCGAUGGACUUGCCUGAUUUACCGGGAAUUGCGGACGAUAUCACCUUCAGCAUGGAUGACGAUUUCAUGAUUGUGCCUUCCAGAGGUCGGAGUGACACAAUUGCCUCUCUCGGUUUAACGGUUACUGACUCUCCAAAAGUCACUACCGUUCCCCAAGUUGAUUCAUUGCCGCCACAAGUGCCUUCAGAUCAAUCUAACGAGAAUCUCGAAACAAAAACUGAAAUUCCGAAACCUCCUCCGGCGCCAAUUCCUCAAACUCGCACCGAAGAAUACAUCAUUCCACCACCGCCGCCUCCCCCAUCGGACAUUCCAAAGCCUCCGCCCCCGCCGAUGGCCAGCAAAACACCUGCUGAGAUUCCGGUAGCGUCAAAUGCUCGCCUGAAUCUUCUUGCGGAUAUUCGAAAAGCUGGCGGAAAAGCAAAAUUACGACCUGCAGCGGCAUCUGAUCGAAAACCGCCGAGCGAAAAGAAGAAAGAAAAGCCAGAACCAACAGCUGAUCUGAUGUCAGACCUAAGAAAUCGCUUGCAAAUGCGUCGCAAGGGAAUUUCCGGUGCCAAAGAAAAUCCUCAACCCACUGAUAUGAUGAGCAAAUUGUCGAGUUUGAUACCGCCGCCGAGCAUGGAACAAAAAUUCAACAAAAAUAACGAGUCGGACGACGACUGGAAUUGAAUUUUAUCUGAGAAAUUUCCGAUUGAAAUUAAAUUUAUUUUUAUCCCGUUGAA